CCAGCAGAGGGCGUAAUGACGUCAGCACCACGCGUCCAUUUGACGUUGGAGGUCACUGGGUUGUCAUCAAACAUGGCGGCCUCCUUGCUAAGCAGGAGGACAGCCUUAUUCUUUGGCGUUAGUAAACUAAACUCCUUUAUACCGGCUGUAGUCCAGCAGAUCGCGAACUAUAACCCUAGACCCCUUCGGUUGAAUAUAAAGGACCCUUAUAUACCUAAUAAAGAGAGCGAGAGGACGCCCGACUGGCAGAAGACUGAGAAGUAUGAGCGCAGACUGUUCGGCCGUUAUGGACACGCGUCUGGAAUUGACCCGGCCAAACUCUGGCCCUCUCAUGCCCGGCUGGAGGAGCUGAUGGCCGAGGAGAGAGAGUGGCAUCCUCCGAUCGAGGUGAUGCUGGAAAACAUCGCGGCCAGAGAGAAGGAGAAGGCGCAGAAGCGGAUGGAGAGAGAGAAGACAAUUGCUGCAAACAUGGCCAAAAUGCCCAAGAUGAUCGCAGACUGGAAAAAGCAGAAAAAGGAGGUGAAACAGAAGCAAAGAGAGGAGAAAAUAAGGCGAGACAAACUGCUGGCCGAGGCAAGAGAGCGCUUUGGAUACGCGCUGGACCCCCGCAGCGUCAAGUUCAAAGAGAUGGUUGCUGAAAUAGAAAAAGAGGAGAAGAAGAAGAGGAAACUUCUGAAACGCAGGAAGAGAGAGGAAGAGCAGGGCUUGCCCACAGCGACCGCUGAAUCCAGCCAAUAACCCUCACUGCUGAGAACAAUGACUUUUAUACAGUGCUACUGUAUUAUUUUGUAAAAUUGGUUUCUUUGUACAUGUAUCCCACGGAUGUUUAAUUAAAAUCAGGCACUGAAACAUACUUCAGAAUAAACUGACUUCAGAAAAUA